AUGAGCACAGACGACGUUGAAGCUGCUCGGAGAAAAUAUGAAGAACGACGCCGAAAGAUCCAGGAAGAAGAAAUGCAAGCGAGAAGAGAUGGAAUGAAUUUGUCAUCUGGAGAUGAUGAUGAAGACGUUGACGAUAUGUUUUUGACAGCAUUACAGAGAAAGAGAGAAAAGGUACAUCGAAGAGCACUUCUCAAACAAGUUCUGGCUCCGACAAUGAAUCAAAAAGAGGAAAUUGAAAGGAAACGGAAAAAGAAGGAAGAAGACAAACUGUCUGAAGAAGCGAGAAAAACUCUUUUAGAGAAACAUGCAGAGAUUAUGGAAACACAAGGAGUAAUCGAUGAAUCUGAACGGCAGCUACGAGAAGAAGAGGAACUGUUGGACAAAGUGACGCGUGGAGGAGGACUUUUAGCAGUGACUGAACUGACGAAAGGAGAAAAAUACGAUGAACCAAUAACAACUGCAUGGCGUCCACCUGGUCAUAUCCGUCGUCAAACCCAAUCAGAUUACGAAAAUCAAAGAAAGCGGCUUGGAAUCAGUUGUGAAGGGGAAAAUAUUCCACCGCCGAUAGGAAGUUUUCUCGAAAUGAAAUUCCCCAAAACUUUGCUUGAAUUCAUGCAAAACGAGAAAGGAAUUGUCACACCGACAGCUAUUCAAAUUCAGGGAAUUCCUGUUGCAUUAUCAGGUCGUGAUAUGAUUGGCAUCGCCUCAACUGGUUCUGGAAAAACGAUGACAUUUGUGUUGCCAUUGGUUAUGUUUUGUUUGGAACAAGAACUGAAACUCCCAUUUAUGAGAAACGAAGGACCAUUUGGUCUCAUCAUUGUUCCUUCGAGAGAAUUGGCUCGUCAAAUCUAUGAUUUAGUCAUUGAAAUGUUUGAUGCAAUCAAUAAAGCAGGACUUCCAGAGAUGAGAGCAGGAUUAUGUAUUGGAGGAGUUCCGAUCGGAGAACAAGCUAAAGAUUUUAGAAAUGGAAUACAUAUUGUCGUAGCCACUCCAGGAAGAUUAUCUGAUAUGCUAACGAAGAAAAUCAUCAAUCUUGAGGUGUGCCGAUAUUUGGUACUCGAUGAAGCGGAUCGAAUGCUUGAUAUGGGGUUCGAAGAUGAAAUCAAAUCGAUUUUUUAUUUCUUCAAAGCACAACGGCAAACUCUUCUUUUCUCUGCAACAAUGCCAAAGAAAAUUCAAUUUUUUGCUAAGUCGGCUUUGGUUCAGCCAAUUGUCGUGAAUGUCGGACGUGCUGGAGCAGCCUCAUUGAAUGUACUUCAAGAGCUUGAAUUUGUGAGAUCUGAGAAUAAAUUGGUCCGUGUGCUAGAGUGUCUUCAGAAGACGUCACCAAAAGUUCUUAUCUUUGCUGAAAAGAAGGUUGAUGUCGAUAAUAUUUACGAGUAUUUACUUGUGAAAGGAGUGGAAGUAGCAUCAAUUCACGGAGGAAAAGAUCAAAGUGAUCGUCAUGCUGGAAUUGAAGCAUUCAGAAAGAAUGAGAAGGAUGUUCUCGUGGCAACAGAUGUCGCAUCAAAAGGACUCGAUUUUCAAGGAAUUGAACAUGUUAUUAAUUUUGAUAUGCCUGAGGAUAUUGAGAAUUAUGUACAUAGAAUCGGUCGUACGGGUCGUUCUGGUCGAAAGGGUCUCGCAACGACAUUCAUCAAUAAGAAAUCAGAAAUGUCUGUUCUAUCUGAUUUGAAACAAUUACUCGUGGAAGCUGGACAAGAGCUCCCAGAGUUUCUCAAAAUGUUGGCAGGAGACGAGGAAGGAAUUGCUCCGGCUGGUACAAAUGCAGACAAGGGUUGUGCAUAUUGUUCUGGUCUUGGACAUCGUAUCACGGACUGUCCAAAACUCGCCGGAAUCGGAAACAAAACAACUCAAGCAUUGGCCAGAGGUGGUGGAGACGAUGGUGGAUUCUGA